UCCAAAUCAUCUUCUGGACUCAAAGACUCACCACUUCCUGCCCGAGACAUGUACCCAUCCCUUUCUAUCCUCGCCAUCGUUGGCUUGUCAAUCUUUGAUAUAAUUCCUGCAGCGACUUUGCCUGAAAGGUCAGCCGGGAAUUUUGAAGGGAAUCUUGCACUUGAAGCCCGUCAGGGACAGCAAGGCUGGAUUGGCGCUUGCACUGAAGGCACUCAAACAUGCUAUUGCACGAUCUCUGGUCAGCGAAUCGGUUUCCCCUGUCUAGCAAGUACUCGGGUUUGUCUUCAUAUCGACUAUCACGUCAAUACUCAGCUUACUAGAUUAUAUUGUACUGGCAACUACGUAGCCGGCUCAUGCAGAUGUUGGUCAUCUGGCGGCUUGGCCUACGCCACGUGUAACUAAGAGCGUUCAGCACAAAAGCACACAGGAUCAACACGAAAGCAACAAGAGUCGGUGCGGGAUGGGUAUGAAAUACUCUUGUGAGAAUUAGAAAAUG